GCAGUGAUUACUGGAGAUUACUUUGGUUUGUAUUUCUGGUUAUUACAAUGAUUUCUGCUUGUCUCAGGAAACGCUGAGUUUCUGAACUUUCUCAAGUGUGAGUUUUAAAUAAUAAAUCAGUCUGCUCUAAGUUAAGUCUUAAAGACACUAUGGGGUACAUGUUCCUUAAUUAUACUUGCAUUUACUUAGCGCUAGUAUUUUCUGCAAGUUUUAUCUCCCUUUGGAGGCUGGUUCGGCAAUAAACUCGAGUUCCUGAAGUAACAGUCUCUUGUGCUUGAGUGAAAUUUCUUCACUUGUGGAUAUAGGAUAUGUUUCCUGAUAUAAGCCAACUGUUCUCUAGCAGAACGAAAAUCUGCCUGCAUCACUGUGCAUUUCUUUUGCCCUCUGAAGCAGGUUUAGUACAGGAAUAUCUGCUGUUGGUACUUUUCCAUGGCUUAAUUGCCUAUGUGCUAUCGUAGGCUACCCUUGUCUGCUAAUGCUGCUUUAUCCCCAGUGCCUGAUGUUCUGAUAUACUGUGGCUUGGAAACUAGAAAAAAGUCAAAUGUGACCCAGCAUAAGUUCUUAAAAAAAAAAAAAAGUUUCCUUUUCCAGCCUCAAACAAUAGUCUCCUGGAAGAAGUGUCAUGUUGAAUCGUUUUACAUGUUUUUCAGGUGAAAAAAUGCAUUUUUACUGCAGUCGUUCUGUACUCUGGACUUGGUGUCUUGGAUACUGAGCUGUUACACUAUUUGUGUCGUUCCCCUCCCCCUGCUUUUUUUUAAUUUGGCUAUUCAGGAAGUUCAGAUGUCCUUUGAAGGAAAACAGCUACUUCAAGAUGUAUAUUUAGUUUUUAAUAUAGGUGUCUAUAAGGCUUGAAUGUGAAGCAUUGAGCAAAAUUGGCACAUACUAGAUUUUCUAAGUGACAAAAAAUUGCUGCUGUGAUAGACUCCUGGAAAUCUUGUGGUUCAGAGGUCAGAGAUUUGUUAAAAGAGUAAAUGUUAAAUCAUAUUUAAUAUGUUAUGUUCAAGCUUGGCAAACUUCUUUGGAAGUGUUUGUGUGGAUCUGAAGUAAGAAUUGUAGCUGAAUUUGAUUACUGGUUGGGAGAGGAGGGUCCUCAAUCCAGGGCUCAGUAGUGUUACUAGGAGCAAAGUCACAGACUUCUAACCUGUGACUUCUGGCCUCUGUGAAAUGGAGUGGUUUUGUAUUGUAGGUAAUCUGGGAAUUUGUUGUCUUCCUACAUAAAUUGUUGAAUCACAUUUGCAUUCUUGAUCAAAGUUUGGUUGGACUCUGGCUGCUGCUGUUGAGAUGGAUGGCUUCAGAAUGUCUUGGUAAUGCUGAAUAUUUGGACACGCUACACGGCCACCAUGUACCACCAAGGACUAGUCCAGGAGGACUGUUGACAGUGCAGUCCCUUUUGCUACACAGGCUGUGGAAACAAUUCCAUGUAUACUACAUGAUCUCACACUGUUCAGAUUACAGGAUGGAAUUCAUUUGUUAGACUUUAUUUCAAGAAGUAUUGUUUAGAUAGUGAAGCUAUGGCUAGUAAUCGAACACUCUGAUCUGCCCUGUCCCUUUCAAAGGGACUUGCUUGUUAGCCUCUACCAAUCUCAAACACUGUCCUCAUAAAAACGUGAAUGGAUCAGUUUGUUUAUUCUGUCUAGCUAACUGUUCUUUGGCUGGAAUGCUGAUAUUGCUAAAUUUUUUUGUUUUUAAAUAAGAAAUGGAGAUUAGAAGAAAAAGUAGUGAUUUCAUUAAGCAUUCCUUUUCUUCCAGCUUUGAGAGAGACUUUUCAGGAUGUUCGUAUUGCAUAAUGACACUAGGUGUCCUAUAAAUGACCGGUCCUGUGGGAGGUCAGGCUGAAUGCCUCUUCCUCUCUCUGUCCCUUGCUAAGAGGUAGACUCUUGGAUGUGAGACUCCAGUUCCUUGCUCAAAGUAUGCUAUCAAUAUUCAGACUGGGUCGUGGUUUCCCACAAAGAUUGCUUUCUGCCUGUCGGAUAAUGCAACUUGGAGUCCUCCUGUCUUAAACUUUAAAAACUAGGACUUCUAAAACCCAAAAGAAAAAGUAAAAAUAUGUUUUCUUCGAUUAUUCUUCUGUAUGCCAGUCACUUCAAAGGCAGCAGCCAUUUCGGUAGUUGUAUUCUGGAGGUACACGAUAUGGUUAUGUGGUCAUAAAAAGGCAAUCCUAAUCUUGUGAGGAAAGGUGCAGAUGUAGUUUUCCAGUGCAUUUUGCCUUAUUGCUGUAGACAGUUUUGUCUUGAGAGCAAAUAUGGAAGACUGUUUAAUACUACUUAUUGAAGCUAAAAAAAAAGGACUUUAUUGUGGCUUAACAAAAGGCUAAAAAACUGCUGAAACAAAUAGUAGGCAGUCAGUGAUCUCUUGGUCCAGGCUGACUCCCUUUUUGGAAGUUUGUCUUUAAAUCCAGGGAAGAGCAAAUAACCGUUCAAGUUCUGGACUAUGGAGACAAGAUUGAAUACUAUGUAAAGUGAAGGAAACUUGUUCUUGCAGACUUUCCCAUGGAUUUGGAUUGCCUCAAGUAAUGAGUGGGUAUUAAAGAUCAAGGAAAUUGAUAUUGUGGAAAUAGCUGGCUUUUGAAGUGGAGGAAAAUCAAGAACAUGUUUAACUGUUUUAAGACUUUACUGCAUACCUGUAAUUGUCCAGUUUUGUGGUCUAGAGAACAUGGAGUGUUUCUGGGCUUUCUUAUAAGGCAGAGGCUCCAUACACGGUUGUUGAUUGUUCUAAAUUCCCAUUGUUUUCUUGGCUUUUCUCCCUUGGUAUAUGUGUCGUCUGGAAUCUGAUUUGUAGUUGGUGAGGUAACAUACGUGGAGCUCUUAAUGGACGCUGAAGGAAAGUCAAGGGGAUGCGCUGUUGUUGAAUUCAAGAUGGAAGAAAGCAUGAAAAAGGCUGCAGAGGUUUUGAACAAGCAUAGUCUUGGUGGAAGACCAUUGAAAGUGAAAGAAGUAAGACGUGCAUCUGUUCUUUCAGAUCCUGAUGGUGAGCAUGCCAGGAGAGCAAUGCAGAAGGUCAUGGCAGCAGCUGGUGGAAUGGGUAUUGGUCCAGGCCCGGGUGGCCCCGGCAUGAUCAAUAUCCCGCCUAGUAUACUCAACAAUCCCAACAUACCCAAUGAGAUCAUUCAUGCCUUACAGGCAGGGAGACUUGGAAGCACUGUCUUUGUUGCAAAUUUGGAUUACAAGGUUGGUUGGAAGAAACUGAAAGAAGUAUUCAGCAUGGCCGGUGUUGUGGUUCGGGCAGACAUACUAGAAGAUAAAGAUGGCAAAAGUCGUGGGAUCGGCACUGUCACUUUUGAGCAAGCUAUAGAGGCUGUUCAGGCUAUAUCGAUGUUUAAUGGACAGCUGCUGUUUGACAGACCGAUGCAUGUAAAAAUGGACGAACGAGCCUUUCCCAAAGGAGACUUCUUUCCUCCAGAGCGACCCCAACAACUUCCUCAUGGUCUUGGUGGUAUUGGCAUGGGAUUAGGACCUGGAGGUCAACCUAUUGAUGCAAAUCAUUUAAACAAAGGCAUGGGAAUGGGCAACAUGGGACCUGGAGGAAUGGGAAUGGAAGGCAUGGGCUUUGGAAUGAAUAAAAUGGGAGGAAUGGAAGGUCCUUUUGGUGGCAUGGAAAACAUUGGUCGCUUCCCAGCUGGAAUGAACAUGGGCAGAAUGAGUGAGAUGGAUCGUGCCAUGGGUGGAGGAUUUGAGAGAGAAUUUGGAAGAAAUGAAAUGGGAAUGUCUCGUAGUUUUGGAGAGACCUUGGAGAGAGGAAUAGGUGGUGGAAAUGCCAGCAUUCCUGGGAUUGAGAGGAUGGCACCUGGCAUUGAUCGUAUGGGCUCGGGAAUAGAAAGAAUACCUUCCGGGAUGGGGCAUGGGAUGGAGAGAGUAGGGUCAGAAAUAGACAGGAUGGGUCUUGUUUUAGAUCGCAUGAGCUCCAACGUGGAGCGAAUGGGUUCAGGAAUUGACCGAAUGGCCCCUCUGGGCAUAGAUCACAUCGCUCCUAACAUCGAGAGGAUGGGCCCAGCUAUUGAGAGAAUGGGUUCUGGCAUAGAAAGAAUGGGUUCUGGAAUAGGCUUUGGUAUCGAGAGAAUGGGUGCUGCCAUUGACCGCGUUGGCACCACUAUGGACAGAAUGGGAUCAGGCGUAGAACGUAUGGGUUCUGGCAUGGAUAGAAUGGGUAUAGGUAUGGAGCGUAUGGUCCCUGCUGGAAUGGGAACUGGAAUGGGUCAGGUGAUAGAGAGAAUGCCAGCUGGUUUGGAUCGCAUAGGUGCCACUCCUAUGGAAAGAAUAGGAAUAGAUCGUAUGGGUGCUGCUAGCAUGGAGAGAAUGGGCUUGGAGCGCAUUGGAGCCACUAACAUGGAAAGAAUGGGUCCUGCUAUGGGACAGGGCAUGGGAGCAGGCAUAGAUCGAAUGGGACUUGCAAUGGGAAGCAAUUUUGAAAGAACAAUGGACAUGGAACGUGGAAACUUUGCAGGCAAUUUUGCAGGCUCCCUUGGAGGAACUGGAGGACCUGCAGCUGGGGUGGCCAGAAAAGCCUGUCAGAUAUUUGUGAGAAAUCUGCCUUUUGAUUUUACAUGGAAAAUGCUGAAAGAUAAAUUUAAUGAAUGUGGUCAUGUGCUGUAUGCUGAUAUCAAGAUGGAGAAUGGGAAAUCUAAAGGAUGUGGUGUGGUUAGAUUCGAGUCCCCAGAAGUAGCUGAGCGAGCCUGCCGUAUGAUGAAUGGGAUACAGCUUCGUGGGAGGGAGAUUGAUGUGCGAAUUGAUAGAAAUGCUUAAGUAGUUGCCUUUUUAACACUGAUACCAGAUUUUUUGAAUUUGUAUUUUUUCUUGUUAACCAUUUUAAUUUGACUGGAUGUAAAGGUGUUAAAACAAUUCAGUUGCUUUCUGGAGUAAUUUUAAUUACUUUUUUAACAAAUGGAUUUCCAUUUUACUGUUUUUUGCAUUGAAACUGCAAUGUGCACAAUCUUUUUUUGUAGUUGUGGCAUCUUGUUGACAUUACAGAUGUAAACAGUACGACUUUGAUAAUAAAUGCAAGUUAAAGAUUUCA